CGCAACCCGCAGCCAAUACAUUUUCACCUGCGACAUAGUUUUAAAAGUAGACCAAUUUAGCGGGAAAACAUGGCAACCCUGAGCAUAGUGGGCAGAACAAGCAAGGAGGUGGGCAAAGCCAAGCAAGAGCUAGCGAGAUCCUAUUGGCUUGUUGUAGCAUGUAUUUGCAUAUUUCCGUUAGGGAACGCCUCCUCUGUGAAUUAUGGGUGUGUACAAACUCAAUUGCACUUUGCACUCCUUCUAAACAAUGCAUUUAUUUGUUUUGCCAAAGCGUCAAGUCUAUACAACUUAGUGCACUGUGUUCGUAACAGAUUCUAGAUUUGGGAACAGAAACAUUUAUUGAGAUCAGAUGUUUCAUCGAUGAGACAAUGAGCAGAAUGUGGGCCCAGUUUCACCUAAUUCAACCCUCUCCCUCUAGACUGGACUUCCUCUCACUACCAUAUUUGGUGGUGAGAACGUUCUAAACAGACGCUUCAUCGUUAUAGCCCCUGUGAUGUGUCUGGUUUACCCCUUCUGUCUGUGAUUUUAGAUUCAUCACUAUUAUUAUUAUAUAUUUUUUACUCCUGUAUUGCGCCAUGUCUCUACUGUGUGUGUUGUAUAGAGCAGAGUGUCUCUACUGUGUGUGCUAAUGUGUCCCUCAGGGCUGAACUCCCCGGUACCUGCGUUUAUGAGGAGAGGCAGACCUAAAAUGGUAAACACUGCUCCGCUUCUCGCACCCAGCGACUCCGAGGAGGAUGAGUGGACCCCUCGACUGGAGAGAUGCCCACCAGCACCACGGAGCUUCCGACCCCCAACCAGGAGACCAGCAGCGUCUCAGGGAGUCUCUCAGCUUGACAAAUCUGCCACAUCUGCCACACCUACAGUACAGCAGCCCCCCAGCAGUGAGGAGGCAGGACCCAGUAAUAUGAGGACAGAACCACCCCAGCCAUUCCUGGAGGUGCUGACUGAAGAAGUGGCCUUCCUCAGAGACAGCAGCACAGCAGACACACACAGUGGAGGACAGGAGGCGCUAGGAGACAAGGAGGGUCAGAGUGAAGUGACCCCCAGCACCAGUGGAGAGGAGGCAGGGAGAUCCACUCAGGGAAGGGGGGCAGACACCCCAGCUGUCACUCAGAGAGGGGCUCACUUGUUGUACUCCAAACCAUCAACCUCAGGCCUGUCUAAGAGAGAGUGUCUGGAAAUGCAGAAAGCAGAGCUGAACACAUACAAGCGUGGCAGAAACCUGAGAGACAGACCAAGAAUCACUUACACAGAAGAGGAGGUCCCCAAAGAUGACCACUACCUCUACUGUGAGGACUGCAAGUCUUUCUUCAUGGAGGAGUGUGAGCUCCAUGGUCCUGCUCUCUUUGUCCCUGACAUCCCUGCCCCUCUAGGAGCCCCUGACAGGGCCAGACUCACCCUGCCGUCCGGCCUGGAGGUCAGGACAUCAGGCAUCCCUGAAGCAGGACUGGGGGUAUUCAACCAAGGAAACACUGUGCCUGCAGGAGCCCACUAUGGACCUUAUGAAGGAGAGAUCACAGACAAGGACCAGGCCAUGGAGAGUGGAUACUCCUGGGUGAUCUACAAGAGCAAACACUGGGACGACUACAUUGAUGCUGGGAGAGACACUCACUCCAACUGGAUGAGGUAUGUGAACUGUGCUCGUAGAGAAGAAGAACAGAAUCUGGUGGCCUUCCAGUACAGAGGAGAGAUUCUAUACCGCUGCUGUAAGCCUAUAGCUGUUGGAGAGGAGCUAUUGGUUUGGUACGGAGAGGAGUACGCCAGAGACCUGGGCAUUGUCUUCGACUACCUCUGGGACAAAAAGAGCUCUGCUAAAGAUGUGAACGCUGAGUCGUCCCAGUUCCAGAUCUUCUCGUGUUCUGGCUGUCCGUUCUCCUUCACCUCUCAGAUCUUCCUCCUCAAGCACAUAAAGAGAUGUCACCAUGAUGAGUAUGUCAGACUGUUGAGGAGUGGAGAGAUCAGAUCAGAGAAUCUCAUGUCCUCCAGCAGCUCACAACACCAUGGAACCACAUCAGGUUCCUCCAAUCCAGCUCCCACCAGGAAACAGAGAGAGACGGACAAGCCACGACCACACCGCUGUUCUCAGUGUGGGAAGAGCUUCAUUAAAGAUCAUCUCAGAACACACCAGCGCAGUCACACAGGAGAGAAGCCGUUCCACUGCUCCCAGUGUGGGAAGAGUUUCAGUCGGUCAGAACAUUUAAAGACACACCAGCGCAUUCACACAGGAGAGAAGCCGUUCCACUGCUCCCAGUGUGGGAAGAGUUUCAGUCAGUCAGAAGAUUUAAAGACACACCAGCGCAUUCACACAGGAGAGAAGCCGUUCCACUGCUCCCAGUGUGGGAAGAGUUUCAGUCGGUCAGACAAUUUAAAGACACACCAGCGCAUUCACACAGGAGAGAAGCCGUUCCACUGCUCCCAGUGUGGGAAGAGUUUCAGGGGGUCAGGAGAGUUAAAGAGACACCAGCGCAUUCACACAGGAGAGAAGCCGUUCCACUGCUCCCAGUGUGGGAAGAGUUUCAGUCGGUCAGAAGAGUUAAAGAGACACCAGCGCAUUCACACAGGAGAGAAGCCGUUCCACUGCUCCCAGUGUGGGAAGAGUUUCAGUCGGUCAGGAGAUUUAAAGAGACACCAGCGCAUUCACACAGGAGAGAAGCCGUUCCACUGCUCCCAGUGUGGGAAGAGUUUCAGUCGGUCAGGAGAUUUAAAGAUACACCAGCGCAUUCACACAGGAGAGAAGCCGUUCCACUGCUCUCAGUGUGGGAAGAGUUUCAGUCGGUCAGGAGAUUUAAAGAUACACCAGCGCAUUCACACAGGAGAGAAGCCGUUCCACUGCUCCCAGUGUGGGAAGAGUUUCAGUCGGUCAUACAAGCUAAAGAAACACCAAUGUUCUAAAAAGAGUAAAGAACUUUAGAAUUCUCUUGAAAUUGGACGGUGAUGUAUGUAAUGUUCUAUCAAGAAAUAUAAAUGAAAAGCAUUCCAGGUGAGCUGGUUGAGAGAUUGCCAAGAGUGUGCAAAGCAUCAAGGCACAGGGUGGCUACU